AUGGACAUUCUUCCAUGGAGGGUUGAGGUGAAAAGGGGAAUUCAGCUUGUGGUUGAAAGUUUUCAUACAUGGGAGGUGGGUCAUAUGGAGGUGAAUGGUGGUAAGGAGCUUGCGAGUAUGGUGGUUCAAAACUAUGUUGAAAUUGGAUUUCAUGGGCAUAUGGUGGUGGUUGUUAAUAAUCAAAAGAAGGUUCACCAUGACCAUAACCAUUGUCUUGAUGUGUUUGAUUUCUAUCUCAAAGAAACAAACAAUUUCAACGAACAUCAAUCUUCAAUUAGCAUCGAUGGAAUUUUAUCACUAUAUGAAGCCUCAUUUCAUUUAGUAGAAGAAGAAACUAUAUUAGAUGAUGCAAAAAAAUAUAGUUCAAAGAUUCUCAAAGAAUAUGUAAAAAGAAAUGAUGGUAGCUAUAUAUCCCUCUUAAUCAAUCAUUCAUUGGAGUAUCCAUUACAUUGGAGGGUGACAAGAUGGGAGGCCCAUUGGUUCAUCAACACAUAUGAAAAAAGUCACAAUUUGAAUCCUACAUUUCUUCAGUUUGCUAAAUUAGAUUUCAACAUUGUUCAAAGCAUUCACCAAGAAGAGUUGAAGGAUAUGUCAAUGUGGUGGAAAAAAACCUACUUAGCAGAGAAGUUAAGUUUUGCAAGAGAUAGGUUGAUGGAAAACUUCUUUUGGACCGUGGGAAUAAAUUUUAAUCCAGAAUUUGGUUUUUUUAGAAGAGCUAUAACAAAGGUCAAUUGCUUCAUAAAUACAAUAGAUGAUAUGUAUGAGACCUUUGGCACUUUAGAAGAUUUAGAGCUAUUUACCAAAGCUAUUGAAAAAUGGGAUCUAAGUUUUGGUAUGGACAAUCUUCCAUACUACAUGAAAAUUUGCUUCCUUGCACUCAAUAACUUUGUUAAUGAAGUAGCUUUCGAAAGCCUACAAAAUAAUGAAGUUUAUAUUGUUCCUUUUCUUAGAAAAUCGUGGGCAGAUUUAUGUAAGGCAUAUUUUGUUGAGGCAAAGUGGUACUAUAGUGGUUAUAUACCAACUCUUGAAGAGUACUUGGAGAAUGGUUGGAGAUCUUCAGGCUCACAUGUUAUUUUCCUUCAUGCUUAUUUCACAAUUCCAAAUGUAUUAAAAAUGGAGCAAUUGGAUUCCUUAAAAGAAUAUCCCAACAUAUUUCGUCUUGCAUCAAUAUUUUGCCGCCUUGUUAAUGACCUUGGGACAUAUAAGCGUGAAAAAGAGACUGGAGAUGCUCCUUCAUCAAUUCAAUGCUACAUGAACAAAAGUGGAGCUUCAGAGGCAGAGGCAUGUAAGCAUGUUAGAUCAAUUAUAAAUACACUAUGGAAGAACAUAAACAGAGAAGCUCAUCAUUCUUCUCUCUCUCAAGAUUUCAUAGACACUAUUUUAGGCCUUACAAAAAUGGUAUUAGCCAUGUAUGAUCAUGGAGAUUACCAUACUUUUCAAGAUUCUGAAGCUAAGAGUGGUAUAUUGUCGUUAAUCAUUCAACCAAUUCCUCUUACAUGUUAAUGUCU